AGUCCCCUGCCAGGAAUCAAAUGAAACAGCACGGCGAAUCACCCGAAGACAGAGAUGACAGCUUUAAAUAUGAGGAGAACUUUUUGAAAGACGAAAUAAAUCUUGUUAGAGAUGAAGAUGAGGAAAUUAUAACCACGCAGCACCGAGCAGAGGCCGAUCCGACCGUUAAGACGCUCCGUCCAACCCAGCAACAGCUGUCGAUGCUGGAUUUUUUUCGCCCUUUCCUUUCACAAAAUGAAAUGACGGCAACAAUGGAGUGUUUGGAAAAUGAAUGGGCAGAGCUGGUGCAGAAAGGAGAGUUGGAUGAUGAGCGGAUCGGCCCGAUCCCGGAAGUGUACACUGAGAUCCAGAGUUUGACCAGAGAGCUGAAAAAAGCUGUGCGGGAAAAGGAGGAGUACGUGCGGAUGGCGCGUGAAGCAGCUGGAGCCCUUCAGAGGGCGCGGAGAGCAAGAGAAGGCCAGCGGCUGCAGCACAGAAGGCUGGUCCAGGAGAACAACAAACUCACUGAAGACAUAGAAAGACUGAGAAUCAAAUGCGACGCUUCAAAGUCUGAAGUGGAGAGGAUGAGUGAGAAAUACAAGACUGCGUCAAAACAGACUGGGACCACUGAGAGAGGAAGUUUUGACAAACAGACUUCAGAGGGCCACUCAGAGUGACACAACCGGAGGGGAGAAGGCCAGCGCCACGUGUUUGAUCAGAUGGAAAUUUUACAGGAAGGGGUCUUCUGGCAUCAAGAAUGAGAAAUACAACAUUUGUUGUUGAAAAAUGUUGUAAUUUUCUUCACUUUGUUUUUAUCGUUAAUGCUAACCAUUUUAUCCAUGUAUGAUUUCUUAUUUUCCACCUGCUAAUAUAGUUAAUAAUAAAAGUGCUGAUACAAGUUAGGAGAAUAUUGCUUUUUACAGUUCUUGAGUCUAUAGAUUUAUCUAUGAUUACUACACAUGUUUCUAACUUAUUUUCUGCAUGCUAUUUAAUUUUUUCCUCUCUACUUUAACAACAUAAGUGUCCUUAGUGUUUUCUUGCUAUUUUUCAUAAACGUGUAAUUGAUUAAUUUCUCUCCUUUUAGUCUCUUGUUUUUC